GACCAUGAUAGCAACAGUGUUGAAGCGGCGCUCUCUAUUCCAUCCACUGUCUCACUCCAUUCCUGGCUCUUUCUCACACCUCGUCCACUGCGAGACUGGCUAUCUCAAGGUCAGUGCGCUCAUAUGAGGAAAACAACUCUUGAAGCAAGAUAGCGGCCUUUCUACAUCUCGUCCUACCAAACCAAACCAGUCCUAGUUGGAAGUUGAAUGAGAAGAUGGGCUCUGCAUUUGUUACAACAUGUACGGGUUUCUUUGUGAUACUCAUAACGUUGAGUUAUUCUUCAUCAUCACAUUCAAAUAGGGUUGGACUCGUUUCACAAUCGAAUAAUGCAGUUGCCCUGAAGAUAUACGAGGCACUAUCCAGUAAAAACAACAAGAAUAUUCUGAUCUCGCCAAUAAGCUUGAACUAUGCACUGACUGCUCUGACCAUUGGAACUGAGGGGCAGAGCUAUGAUGAGUUGACGAAUGCUUUGAAUACACCAAAGGACUCUGAUCGAUUGAAAAAGGCUUACAAAGACUUUACCAGAAAUCUAUCGCAUGACAGAAAUCUGACGAUUGCGACUAAAUUUUUCAUUGACAAUGAAUUUCAAGUCAAAGACGCCUACAGGCAAGAUAUCUCAAGAUAUUUCGGCUCUACCAUUGGAAAGAGUGAUUUCAAACACAAUCCAGAGCCUUCUAGAUUGGAAAUUAAUCGAUGGGUCGAAGAUAACACCAACAACAGGAUAAAGGAUAUGCUUCCAUCAGGUAGCGUUGACUCAAAUACAGUUGCAUUCAUAGUGAAUGCAGUUCAUUUCAAAUCGGAUUGGCUGUAUCCGUUUGACAAAGCACUGACUCGUUCUGGUCCAUUCCAUGGUCUGGACAGGAAGACUGACACUCAAAUGAUGACAGUGACUGCUCAUUUCGACUACAAAUCAGACGAUGGUCUUGGUGUCGAUAUCGUUUCACUUCCAUACAAGGGAGACUACACAAUGCUUUUAUUAGUACCUCGUGAGAAGAGAGGAAUCACAGACGUGGAAAAAAGACUGGUUCAAUUGAGAUUGAAUUCGAACGCGUCACUCAUUGACACGCUCAUGACAGGAAUGUACAAACGCGAGAUCGAAUUGACAAUGCCAAAGUUCACUCUCGAUGUGAAAACUGAUAUGAAGGACGUGCUCAAAGAGAUUGGAGUGAGAAGUAUCUUCCACCAGGGAGGCUUGACAAAAAUCUCUGAUAAUCCGGGUCUAGUAGUUGGUGACGUCAUUCAGAAAGCCUACAUCAAUGUUGAUGAAACUUCCACUGAAGCUGCCGCUGCUACAGCUGUCCAGAUUGGAUUCUACAGCUUGAACAAUGGCGCUCAUGUACUCAAAGUUGAUCAUCCUUUUCUUUUUCAAAUUGUUCACACUCAUUCCAGAAUGUCUGUAUUCUCUGGGCGGAUCAUUGUGCUUGAAUAAUAAUGCUUGGCUUUUUAACUUCGCUUUUCCAUUACAAUAAUAAGAAUGAAUUUAUCAUCAAUGUUGACAUUAUAUCUUCACUUGGAAAGAUACAUAUCAUAUUUAUCAAUCCUAUAUAUAUAUAUAGUGAUAACAUUAAAAUUUUGAUCAAGUA